GGGAGAAGAUGCCAUUCCACCAUGUAACAGCUGGCUUGUUGUACAAGGGCAACUACCUGAACCGGUCGCUCUCUGCCGGCAGUGACAGCGAACAGCUAGCAAAUAUCUCCGUGGAGGAACUGGAUGAAAUACGUGAAGCCUUCCGGGUCCUGGACAGGGAUGGGAACGGCUUUAUAUCCAAGCAAGAGCUGGGCAUGGCAAUGCGCUCCUUGGGAUACAUGCCAAGUGAGGUGGAGUUGGCAAUUAUCAUGCAACGCCUUGACAUGGACGGGGAUGGCCAGGUUGAUUUUGAUGAAUUUAUGACCAUUCUGGGACCUAAGCUGGUGUCAUCAGAAGGCAGAGAUGGCUUUCUGGGAAAUACAAUAGACAGCAUAUUUUGGCAGUUCGACAUGCAGAGGAUAACACUGGAGGAGCUGAAACACAUCCUCUACCAUGCAUUUCGAGACCACUUAACGAUGAAAGACAUCGAAAACAUCAUUAUCAAUGAAGAGGAAAGUUUAAAUGAAAACUCUGGCAACUGCCAAACAGAGUUUGAAGUGCAUGCACAGAAGCAGAACAGGCAGACAUGUGUACGGAAGAGCCUCAUCUGCGCAUUUGCCAUGGCCUUUAUUAUAAGCGUGAUGUUAAUCGCGGCCAACCAGAUCCUCCGGAGCGGCAUGGAAUAGCCUCUCACCGUGUCACUGUGAACCAAACUGACCAUGCAUGCGCAUGCCACCGGGUGAGCUUUUCCUGAUCCGACUCUCGCAGGGGGAAGAGGCAGAGGCAGGCAGACAAAGCAACAUUCGGCAGGAGCCUGAGGCCAGCAGCGUAAUGUGUCUUGUGAAUCAACUACAUCCUUUUGGCAGGGACAUUAAAGGGCUGUCUUAAUGCUUUAAAGGUUUUGUUUCCUAAUGCAAUAAAAAAAUAUACAGGAGUCCCGAAUUACUGCUUCAAAACAGCAAUGGUAACUUGGAAGACACUUUCAUCCAGCCAUCUGUUUUGCAGUUUUAAGGAGGCACAGCCUCAUGACUUACUUCAGCGUGGCUGUCUUUUAACCUAGGGGCCAAAGGACUAUUUCACGUAGCUCUCCACUGGGCCCACCUUGACCGUAGCAUUGCCACAAGCAAGUCUUGUUUGUUUUAUCUCAUGGUCUUCAG